GUCCUCCUCUUCCCCACCCAGGGACUGUGUCUUAAUGAGAGGCAGGUGCAAACCCUCAGGCAGCAGAAUGGCUGCACCUGUGUUGGGCCUGUGCCAGGGCCUAUAUAAUCCCACUGAGGGCAACUCAGUAUGAGUUUGGUGGUGGUAGUGAGAAGAUGUGUCUGGUCUUGGAGCAGCAGCAGUGCUUAGGCACCUCAAGGAUGUGGUUGCUGCUGUUGUUUGGCUUUUUGCUGCCGUUAGCCCCUUGUGCUGGUGGCUUGGGGGAUCAGGACCUUCUGGAGAGUGUGACCUGUCACAAGGACAGGAUGGAGGUUGAGUUUUCCAGAGAGCUGGGCAACUCCUCCUGGCAAGCAGCUGUAGUGGAUGCAAGUGGUGAGGAAGUGGUGUCCUGUGACCCCCUGGUGGAUUAUGAGAGGCUGUUGCUCAGUGUCCUGUUUGUGAACUGCACAAGCCUGGAGCAUGGCCAGCACCAGCUGAGACUGAAGCUGAUAGUGAAUGACACAAUGGGAGGGGAGAAGAAUGCAACCUACAAUGCUUACUGCAACAGUGUUCAUGCAGAUGAAAUCAUCCCUCCUUUCUUUACUGGUGCAACAAACUGUACAAAAGACUUCAUGGCAGUUACUUUCCCAAGACUCAUUCCAAGCUUCAGUGAUGAGCAUGUGGUUCCAGUAACUCCAAUGACCUGGACUCUGUCAAUUGAUGAUGGAAUGAGGAUGCACCAGCUGAGCCUUGGACAAGCCAUGCAGCAAGGCUAUAGCUUUCUAGCUGAUGGGCACAACCUGAUAUUCCAGGUGGCCUUCAGUGCAACUGGAGUUGUCUCCUACAAGCAAAAUGACCAGGUACUCUAUACUGUGGCACUCAAGCUCACAUAUGGACCUCCUGAACGGAGGCUGACAGUGGAGUCAAGAAUGCUUUGUGCACCAGGUCCAGCAGCUUGUAAUGCAACACACAUGACUGUUGCCAUCCCAGCCUUCCCAGGGACCCUUAUGGCUGUGGGUGUAGAGGAUAGGACAAUUCCUAUGGACCAGCUCCAGGAAAAUGGGAUUGCUCUGGACACAAGAAGAGGGGUCAAGCUGCAUGUUAGCAGGGGAGUCCUGAAAUCCAGGCUACAUGGGGAGAGUUGCUCAGGACUUCAGUCCUACAUGUCCUCUCUGAAACUGGCUUUUCUCUUCCAUGGGGAGACUGUGGCAAUGGUGAUGCAUCCAGAGUGUCCCUGUGACCAGCGCAUGCCAAUAGCUGCUGUAUGCACCCAGGAUGGGUAUAUGGAUUUUGAAGUCUUUGCUGACAGUACCAGACCACCACUAAACUUGGAUACACUCAGGCUCAGAGAUCCUACAUGCAAGCCAGCCUUUAAGUCCUCUUUGAAUGAUAGGGUUUGGUUUCAUGUCCCACUGAAUGGAUGUGGGACCAGGUAUUGGUUUGAUGGAGAGAGGAUCAUCUAUGAGAAUGAGGUGAGGGCACUGUGGGCAGACCUUCCACUGCGUAGGAUCUCAAGAGACAGUGAACUAAGGCUAACAGUAUUGUGCUCCUUCAGCAAUGGUGAUGCCUCCCUGACUAUAAAAGUAGACAAUCUUCCUGCUCUGGCUUCCUCAAUGAAUCGAGGUCCUCUCUCUUUAGUUCUCCUAAGCUAUCCAGAGGACUCAUACAGGCAUCCAUAUCAUGAUGACCAGUACCCAAUAGUUAGGUACCUGCGGCAGCCCAUCUUCCUGGAAGUCCAGGUUUUGAACCGCAAUGAUCCUAACCUCCAGCUGGUGUUGGAUGACUGUUGGGCAACAGCAUCACAAGCUCCAAACUCACUUCCCCAGUGGAAUAUUGUUGUGGAUGGGUGUGAGUAUGAUUUGGACAGCUACAGGACUGUGUUUCAUCCUGUGGGGCAUGGUGUCAGUUAUGCUAACUAUCGCCAAAGGCUGGAAGUGAAGACCUUUGCCUUUAUGUCUGGUGAUAAAGCCCUCCCUGGUCUAGUGUACUUUCAUUGCAGUGUCCUGGUCUGUGACCGUUUCCAGCCAGACUCCCCUUUAUGUUUCACAAGAUGCCCUAAGCCAUCUAGGAGCAAGCGAGAGAGUGGGCAGUCAGGCAUGAACUCGGUGGUGAGCCUACCGGGACCUGUUCUCUUUGUGCCAGAAGGAUGGUCUGCAACCCAAGGGAGCACUUUCUUCAAAGAAGUGUGGGCCAAGGUGACAAUGACUGUUGUUAGUAUUCUCUCUCUGAUGGCCACAGUGCUGCUAUUCUUAGCUUUCCUUAAAUGCCUGAAGAAGAGAAGGGCAUCUAUGGUAAAUGUGUCAGAGCAGUCGCAGUACUACCUUGUUCGAGUUGUCUGCAGACCUGAGAGCUUUUCUAUGGAGAAAGAUGGUACAGCUACUGAUGGCUUGGGGGAGACUGAGGCACAGAAGAGCCUGUCUGUGUCCAGAAUUACUCCAAGUAAAUAA